AUGAACCGGCAGCUAGUGAAAAUUUUGACAACCUUGUUUGCAUUUUUCUUAGAGACAAACCACUUCAGGACGUCUUUCUGUAAAGAACAUGAUUCAAGAUCUGGAAAAUCCCCCUCACAGACCCUGUCUCCUUCAGAUUUUUUGGACAAAUUGAUGGGAAGGACAUCGGGGUAUGAUGCUAGAAUCAGACCAAAUUUUAAAGGUCCUCCAGUAAACGUUACUUGCAAUAUUUUUAUCAACAGUUUUGGAUCAGUCACAGAAACCACAAUGGACUACAGAGUGAACAUUUUUUUGAGACAGCAGUGGAACGACUCACGUCUGGCUUACAGUGAAUAUCCUGAUGACUCCCUGGAUUUGGAUCCCUCUAUGUUGGACUCUAUUUGGAAGCCGGAUUUAUUCUUUGCCAAUGAGAAGGGAGCAAACUUCCACGAUGUCACUACAGACAACAAGUUGCUGAGGAUUUCUAAAACUGGAAAAGUGUUGUACAGUAUCAGGCUUACUUUAACCUUAUCCUGUCCCAUGGACUUGAAGAAUUUUCCUAUGGAUGUACAGACAUGUACAAUGCAGCUAGAGAGCUUUGGCUACACUAUGAAUGAUCUAAUCUUUGAGUGGCUAAGUGAUGGACCUGUGCAAGUUGCAGAGGGUUUAACCUUGCCACAGUUUAUUUUGAAAGAAGAUAAAGAACUUGGUUAUUGCACAAAACAUUACAACACUGGAAAGUUUACAUGCAUUGAAGUCAAGUUUCAUUUGGAGCGUCAGAUGGGAUACUAUUUAAUCCAGAUGUACAUUCCUAGCCUGCUGAUUGUCAUUUUGUCCUGGGUUUCUUUCUGGAUCAACAUGGAUGCUGCUCCAGCUAGAGUCGCACUGGGUAUCACUACAGUUUUGACAAUGACCACGCAAAGUUCAGGAUCGAGAGCUUCCCUCCCAAAAGUCUCUUAUGUAAAAGCUAUUGACAUCUGGAUGGCCGUGUGCCUUCUCUUUGUCUUUGCUGCAUUACUGGAAUAUGCAGCAGUCAACUUCGUUUCACGGCAGCACAAGGAGUUUCUGAGGCUUCGAAGAAGGCAAAGACGACAAAACAAGGAAGAUGAAGUUGCUCGUGACAGUCGAUUCAAUUUCAGUGGCUAUGGCAUGGGUCACUGCCUCCAGGUCAAAGAUGGCACAGCAGUCAAGGCUACUCCACCCAACCCACCUCCAGCACCACCAAAGGAUUCAGAUUCCAUCAAAAAGAAGUUUGUUGAUCGUGCAAAAAGGAUUGAUACAAUAUCCCGUGCUGCGUUCCCACUCGCCUUCCUCAUUUUCAACAUCUUUUACUGGAUUACAUACAAAAUUAUACGGCAUGAGGACAUUCACAAGAAAUAG